GCAGUGAACAGCGUUGGGCCGGAGGACCAUGAGAGGGCCGGAGCCGGGUCCCGAACCUACGAUGGAGGGGGACGUGCUGGACACCCUAGAAGCGCUGGGGUAUAAGGGACCACUGUUAGAAGAGCAAGCCCUUUCCAAGGCAGCUGAGGGUGGACUAUCUUCACCUGAAUUUUCAGAGCUCUGUGUUUGGUUAGGCUCUCAGAUAAAAUCACUGUGCAACUUGGAAGAAAGUAUCACUUCAGCUGGAAAAGAUGAUCUAGAAAGCUUCCAGCUUGAGAUAAGUGGUUUUUUAAAAGAAAUGGCAUGUCCAUAUUCUGUACUAAUAUCAGGAGAUAUUAAAGACCGUUUAAAAAAGAAGGAUGACUGCUUGAAACUUCUUUUAUUUUUAAGUACAGAGCUCCAAGCUUUACAGAUUUUACAGAACAAGAAAGGUAAAAAUUCUCAAUUAGAUAAAAAUAGUGAAAUUUAUCAGGAAGUUCAAGCUAUCUGUGAUACCCUUGGUGUUCCCAAGUCAACAACUUCUGACAUUCCACUUAUGUUGAACCAAGUGGAGUCAAAGGUGAAAGAUAUUCUCUCAAAAGUCCAGAAAAAUCAUGUGGGAAAACCACUGCUGAAAAUUGAUUUAAAUCUGGAUCAGGCAGAAAAACUGGAAAGAAUCAAUGAUGCUCUUUCCAGUGAAUAUGAGUGCCGCCGGCGGAUGUUGAUGAAACGAUUGGAUGUAACAGUGCAGUCCUUUGGAUGGUCUGAUAGAGCAAAGGUGAAAACAGAUGACAUAGCAAGAAUUUAUCAGCCUAAGCGUUAUGCUUUGUCACCCAAGACAACGAUUACAUUGGCACAUUUACUUGCUGCUCGUGAAGAUCUGUCCAAGAUCAUUAGGACAAGUAGCGGCUCUAGCCGAGAGAAGACGGCAUGCGCCAUUAAUAAGGUGCUGAUGGGAAGGGUGCCUGACAGGGGAGGACGGCCAAAUGAAAUCGAACCACCACCACCCGAAAUGCCACCUUGGCAAAAGAGACAAGAAGGCGGCGGAAGGGGUGGUUGGGGUGGUGGAGGUGGUGCUUUAGUUGCUGACACAGAAGGGGUUUACAACUACCUUCAAGUUUUAUCGCUAAAGGAUUAUGAAUAA